AUGGCGCAAAAUAGACACUGGGAACAAGACAAGGAGGCAACCGUCUACAUAGGAAACAUCGACGAGCGCGCGACAUCAGCCAUGGUAUACGAGAUUAUGCUUCAGAUGGGCCCCAUCCACAACAUCCACAUGCCUCGCGACCGCGUUACGCAGACACACCAGGGCUUCGGCUUCGUCGAGUUCCGCACGCCCACCGACGCCGAGUACGCGGCCAACGUCAUGAACGGCAUAAAACUGUACGGAAAAUCACUGCGCGUUAACAAAGCCAGCGCAGACAAACAGCGAGCCGCCGAAGUUGGUGCCGAGCUGUUCAUCGGAAACCUCGAUUCCAUGGUCGACGAGAAGAUCCUCUAUGAUACGUUCAGUCGCUUUGGUCCACUGCUCAGUCUGCCAAAGGUCGCGAGGGAGGAGUCUGGAGCGAGCAAGGGCUUUGGUUUUGUCAGCUUUGCCGACUUUGAGAGCAGUGAUGCUGCUAUUGAUACGCUGCACGGCCAAUAUAUUCUGAGUAAAGAGGUCUCAGUCCAGUAUGCUUUCAAGAAGGAUGGAAAGGGAGAGAGACACGGUGACCAAGCUGAGCGAGCACUCGCUGCUGAAGCCAAGAAGCGCAAUAUCGUCCCUGAGGCGCAGCCAGUUCCUCAGGCAUUCCUUCAACCACCACCUGCUGCCGCUGCGCCUCCAGCUGGCUUCGAUCCCUCAGCCAUGGGAAGAAUGCCCGUUAGUGCACCUCCCCAGGUCGCACCUGGUGGUUUCGCACCUCCUGGACGAGGUCCUUCACCAUACAAUGCUGGCGUUCCACCGCCUGGAAUGCCUCCCCGAGGUGCCGUCCCUCUACCCCCAGCACCAUCUGGUCUACCCGCGCGACCGCCGCAAUCACAGGCCGGAUACACCAACCCGGCCGAUUUCCACCCAGGCAGCUUCCGACCACCAUCGGGAUCUCCUGCACAAGGUUACCCGGUUGCUCCUCCGCCAGGUUUCCCUGCGCCUCCUCAAGCUGCUCCAGGUGCUCCCGGAGCCCCUCCACCUGGCUUCAUGCCUCCUCCGGGCUUCCAACCACCUCCUGGAUUCCGUCGGUGA